UCGUCGGAGCAUAGACGCGGCGGUCGCACUGGAGCACAGGCGUGUCCAACAGUAUAAUAACUUUCAUUUUCACCCAUUUCCCGGUAUGGAUGCAUUUCUGCGAGAGCCACUGGACACAACUGCCGCGGCGCACAGGUUCCGCUUCUGACAAUUACCAUUGUCUCUUACUACCAUCAUGUCGACCACCAUUCCAUUGUGGUUCCUUGAGCUUCUUUACCCACUUACGCCUCCCAACCGCACCCGGGACCGACCCAUGCAAGUGCUCGCCCUUGGUCUUGGAGGGACUGGAACCGAGUUACUGCAAGCAGCGCUGCUUGACCUAGGUUACAUCGACAUAUACCAUGGCUGGCACAUCACGACGAACCCGGCAGAUUGUGUUCACUGGGUCCGCUGGCAUAUGGCGAAGUUUCGAGGGAGCAGCGCCGAACGAGAUGCCUUAACCAGCACCCAACUCGACAAAGUCAUUGGCGAGUGCGAAGCGGUAACCGAUCUUCCCUGCGCUGGGUUGGGCGUAGAAAUGCUGCGCGCCUACCCCCACGCCAAGGUUGUCCUGAACCGGAGAAGCAACCUGGAAGGCUGGCAUCAAAGCCAACUGAACACCAUUGACAAGGUGUGGAAUGACUGGUGGUCGAUUUUACGAUCAUUUGCGGAUAGCGAGUGUUUCUGGCUAAGACGUGCUGUGGUGUGGUGCUAUAAAGCCUUGUUUGACUUCAAUGUUCGACAGAAUGGGAAAGAGACGUACAGGAAGCAUUAUGCUGAGUUGGAGGCAGAGUGCGCAAGGAGUCGAGGGAGUGGCUUGAUUGGCAUGUUGAAGAUGGCUGGUAAGCCAAAUUCUUGAAGCUGAAUAACGUGACACCGUCGUGCUAACGGGUGGCCAGGGAGCCGCUGUGUGAGUCCUUGGGUAAGCCAGUACCAGAUAGGCCGUUCCCAAGCGGCAACACGACCAAAGCAUUCGAAGAGAAGCGUAUGAAGCUGCAUCACGGUCGUCAAGUACGAGCUGAUCGCAACAUCGCAAUAGCGG